AUGACCAACCGCGUCCUAAUCGCCGGCGGCGGCCUGGGCGGCCUCGCCCUCGCUCAAGGCCUCCGCAAGCACAACAUCCCAUUCACCGUCUUCGAACGAGACGCAAAGCAAGACUUCCGCGCCCAAGGCUACAGACUACGCGUCAUGCAAGAGAACCUCCACACCCUCCUCGUCCCCGAAAUAUGGUCCUUGUUCGAGAAAACCGCUGCCCUGGACGACGGUCUCCCAGGCGUAGGUGUCCGACUCGACGCACUGACCGGGGCGCCCCUCCCCGCGGGUAGCGGUGGACCACCGCUCGGGAUCCACGGAGCCAGACCGUACACUGUGGAUCGGGGGACGAUGCGCGAGGUCCUUCUGCAGGGUCUUGGGGAGGAGAAUGUGCAGUUCGGGAAGCGUUUCGAGCGGUAUGAGGUGAGGGAUGAAUGUGUAGUUGCGCAUUUUGCGGAUGGGAGUUCCGCGACGGGAGGGUUGCUCGUUGGUGCGGAUGGAGCGAGGUCGCGAGUUAGAAGGCAGUUGGUGCCGUGGUAUCCGUUUGUGGAUACGGGGAUGAGGAUGAUUUAUGGGAAGACGGGGAUCACGGGGGAUGUGGAGGGGCGGUUGAAUGAGUUGGCGAGGAGGGGGAUGUCGUUGGCGAAGGAUUUGAGGGAGGAGGCGCCGAAGACGUUGUUGUUUGAGCCGAUGAGGAUGCCGCAGGGUGAUGUUGGAGGGGGGAUUAAGUUGCCGGAGGAUUAUUUGUAUUGGGUGUUGCUUGUUCAUCGGGAUGUUGUGGGUAUGGAGGAUGAGAAGGUCCUCAGGUUGAAUGGAGAGGAGUCGGCGAGGUUGUCGAUGGAGUUGUCGAGGGAUUGGCAUCCGUCGGUGAGGGUUUUGCUGGAGGAGCAGGAUGCUGAGCAGACUUCAACGCUGAGGAUGGCGUCUGUGAGGCCGGAUGUGCCGGCUUGGGAGACGGAUUUGAGGGUCACGCUGCUUGGGGAUGCGGUUCAUGUUAUGCCGCCGACGGGUGGGCAGGGGGUGAAUACGGCGUUGAGGGAUGCGGCGGUUCUGGUUGAGAGGAUUGUCGAGGCGAGGGAGGUGGGUGGAGGGGAUGUUGUUGCGAGGUAUGAGGAGGAGAUGAGGCAGUAUGCGCGCGACAGGGUCGGGUUGAGUUGGCAGGGCGGGUAUAAGGCGUUUAAUCUUAAGCCGCUGGAGGAGUGUGAGAGUGUUGAGUUGUCGUAG